CUCUAGAUCACAGAGCUUGGGGGGGAAAAAAAUGGGAGAUGGGGAAAAAGUGUCUUAAUUUAAUCGCAGGUCCUCAGUCAUGUUUGACUGCUGGGUAAAGUGGAGCGGAAGGUUGAGGCGCGCAGCUGGACUUGUUCCCUGUGUCUCUGCAUGAAAUGAAAAAGGUCUACAAUGAUUUUGGCUUUAGAUUAACUAUGGGCGCACAUAUUCUGCAGUCCAACUCCAGCGGCGACUUGACUCCCGCGGUGUCCGAGGCUGGGACCGCCCUCCCGGGCUACCUGGCAGUGUUCUUGUGUGUCCUCAUGGUGACUCUGGUUGUCGUUGUGGUGGCUGGGAACGCGCUGGUCAUCAUGGCUUUUAUUGUGGAUAAAACCCUGAGGAAUCAAAGCAACUACUUCUUUCUGAACCUGGCUAUAUCUGAUUUUCUCGUGGGAGCCUUCUGCAUCCCGGUUUAUAUCCCGUACAACCUGACGGGCCGGUGGAUGCUGGGUAAGGGUCUCUGCAAGGUGUGGCUGGUCAUGGACUACCUGCUCUGCACUGCCUCGGUCUUCAACAUUGUCCUCAUUAGUUAUGACCGCUUCCUGUCAGUCACAAGGGCUGUUAAAUACAGAGCGCAAAGAAACAUGACUCGCCAGGCUGUGUUCAAGAUGGUGGCGGUGUGGGUGUUGGCCUUCCUCCUCUACAGCCCUGCCAUCAUCUUCUGGGAGGCAAUCGUCGGCCAGAGCAUCGUGCCGUCCCACGAGUGCUACGCUGAGUUUUAUUUCACCUGGUAUUUUCUGCUCAGCGCUUCUACCUUUGAGUUCUUUACGCCGUUCGUGUCGGUGGCCUUCUUCAACCUCAGCAUUUACCUGAACAUCCAUCGCAGGAACAAGAACAGGGGCGCCUGUGCUGAGGACGACGCCAAGACUCAGAGGGACAGUAAGAAGCACAGAGACGGAGGAGCUUGGUCUGUGUUUUUUGUCAAAACUCGGAAGGUGUCGUCCAGCGAGCCCACGGCUAUCUCUGCAGUUAUCGAGGACGACGACGUCCUGUCCCCCUAUUCCAGCGGGGACCCAAAUACAAGUCAAAUAUUCAUGCAGAGGGAAAAGCUGUCACCUAACAGAAAACACUCCAGGCCUUUUAAGCACACGGCCUCCUGCAUGGUGCCUGCCCGUAGGACACAGGGAUCUCGCCUUUCCCGAGACAAAAAGAUUGCCAAAUCUUUGGCCAUUAUUGUCUGCACUUUUGGGAUUUGCUGGGCUCCUUACACACUGCUAAUGAUUAUCCGUGCCGCUUGUAGCCGUGAGUGUGUGGCUAACCACUGGUACGAGAUAACAUUCUGGCUUCUGUGGCUGAACUCUGCCAUCAACCCGUUUUUGUACCCUCUAUGCCACAGCAGCUUUCGAAGGGCUUUCUCAAAGAUACUUUGUCCUAAAAGACAAGCGGUGCAGCCUCAGAUUGAGGCCCAGUCUUGUUAGAUGAACUCAGCAAUGAAUGCAGUAACUGUUGUUGGUCAAACGCC